CUGGGGUCAACUGACGACACCCGGUCGAACUAGCUACAAGCUAUCCCAAAGCUAAUGCGGAGGUGGGAGCUAAGCUAACGGAGGCAGCAACCUAGCUACAACCAGAGUUAACUGUACACAACACCAGAGCUUCUGAGUCAGAGUUACGCCGGGCUGACCGCUGGGUAAAACCGGGUGGAACACAGAGGUCUCCGAGACCUCCACAAGCUGGCAGCCGCACAGCAGACAAGCGCCGCUGCGAUCUGAGAUGCGCAGAGCUGCCGCUGGGGAGAACCGGGUGGAAAGGUUUCCAUCCCAGAGCUCCACAAGUCGGCAGCCCGCGUAGCAGACAGAAGCCGCGAUCAGACAGAGAUGCGCCUAGCUGCGGGGAGGGGAGAACGGUUGGAAAACAUCGGUUUCCAUCCAGAGCUUCACAAGCCGGCAGCCCGCGCAGCAGACAGAGAUGCGCCGAGCUGCGGGGAGAACCAGCCGUCAGCCCGCGCAGCACACAGAAGCCACGAUCAGACAGAGAUGCGCCGAGCUGCGGGGAGGGGAGAAACGGGUGGAAAAUAGAGGUCUUCCGAGAGCUCCACAAGCCGAUAGUCGGAACCCAGCUCCACCAACAUGUUAUAUUUCAACCCAUUUUCUAAAGUGCAGCAUUAUGUUAAAUGCACUGGGUUUUACCCUAUUACAUUUAAAUUUCAUGGUUAAACAGUACAAGUUAAAAUCUAAGCUCAGCUCGGCAGUGACCUAAAAUACAUAAAUAUAAUUUUACUUACCGAAAACAAUGAAGUGGAGACUCCUUGGAUGCUCUAUUAGUGCAAUUAAUGCCACAGCAAGUCAUUUUGUCCAACAAUUGCACAAAAAAUAUCCAAAAAAGAAUACACAAACACAGACACUCAAAAUCCUGGAACAAUUUCCAAGCCAGACCGAGGCUCUACUGAGGCCUUUCCCCGGAGCUAGCUCUGUGGUCACGUGGGUCUGAUGCUCAUUAAUCAUACAGAAUUUUAGGCUUUUAAUACACUUAAACAGAAGAGUGAGAAGAAAAAUUCACCCCCCUCAGAGUUGUCAUGAGUGUAAACUAGAUCAUUUAAACCAAAAACAUAUUUUGGAACCAGGCUGUAAACAUGUUUAUUUCUGCUGUGAAAUUGGUAUUUUUCCAUCCAUUCAUGUCGUAUGAUCAGUACUGUUUGAUUUAACAAGUUAAUCAUUAUCUACACUCAUACACAAUGUUCGUUAGAUGCAAAUCAAAGUAACGGUCAUCUCACAUAAAGUUUAAAGAUUCUUUAUCCACGGAAUUAGAACAGCUUGUAUCUGGAAGGUGUGGUUUUCUGAGGGAUGUUUGGUAACGCCUACAGAUACGUCAAAUUCUGAUUUGCAGAAAUGACGAACUCUAGAUUAUUAAAACUAAAAUGAUUUCCCGAGUUAUUCAGUUUCGAGUGGAACUCAAAAGUGGCCAGUUCGGAACCAGCCUCCUUGAGACACCUUGCUCUUUGAGACACAGUCAAACCUGUUGGCACACUGCCAGCUGACACAGUCAUUCGGCUCCUUAAAGGGACUUUACGGAGUUUUGAAUUUUUAUGCUCGCGAUUGCCCCCUCAGGCCAAAAGCGUAACGGCAGCUUCAAUAGUAGGCUCGUGCAUGAGGCGCGCAUGCUGUACGUGCACACUCCUUAACGAAAAUAACAGCUGAGACAGUCCCGUGUGUGUGUGUGUGUGUGUGUGUGUGUGUGUGUGUGUGUGUGUGUGUGUGUGUGUGGCCCGGAGGACAGAGGACAGGAGAACGCGCAGCUAAUUAAUUAAAUAAUUUGGUUCUGUACCUUUCUCUUCAGCACAGCCGACAAAGGUUUAUGAUGGGUCAGUCCUCCUGCAUGCUCAGAUCAUUCCCUUCCCUUGCUUGAAAAAUUGUUCCAAAAUGAAAGUUGAACCCACAUCUUUUUUAUCUGUGAAUUCAAUGCUGUUCGGCGAGUCUCAAAUAAAAAUUUGGGCAUCUUAAUGUAAAAAAAAUAUACAAUUAAUGUAAAAAAUAAAUUCUAAAUAAAUUAUGUUCACAUCCAGAAUCAAACCCAGGUCUUCCACAAGGGAGUCCGCCAUCCAACUAGGUGUGCUAUAGCACCAGUGAUGACUUUUGUAUCUGUAAUAUUUAUAUUCCUGAUGACAGCUGAAACAACGUUCAGAGAACGGUUCGGAGCGAAAAUGGCUAUUUUGUUGCUAAUUUGCAGGAAAUAUCUAGAAGAAAGUAGCUAAGGGUCCUCAGAAAUGUAGCUAGGUUCAUCACUAGGCGUUAGGAACAGCGACAAAGUCGCUGAGUUGGCACUACCUCUCUCUGCUCCUAAAGCUACGGAUAGCAAAUGCUACGGGCUAUGCCUGAGCGUGAACGCGCAUGAAGCAGCCUGCUCGACCCGAGCAGCUCUCUUUUUCUGUGAUUUUACAGAAAAACAUGCAAUCACAGUAAAAAUGCCAGGGCUCAUUCUACAGGACCAGGGCAUUGCAGGAGAAUGUAUGGAGAAGAAAUUCAUUAUUUCUAUACAUGUUUUGGCUGUCAAACUUCCAUAAUGCCCUUUUAAGAAACAGCUCCUUAAGAAAAUCCGUCUUAGACGCAACCAACCUUCAUACCUGUUGUGACCUGGAGACAACUCUAGACCGGACUGGCCGUACUGCGGUUAUUCUAUGAACUUCGGUGCCUUGAGGUCCACCCGACUUCCUGAUAUUCCGGGGCUCUCCGCCAGGGUUUGUAGACACAACAGAUUGCGUCUGAUCACAAUCUCUUUCAGAUACAAAAGUUCUGAUUCACAUCUACUUUACACCAUCUUCAACUCACAUUCCAUCACUGCAUAUCCACUCCAUCACAUAUCAUUAUUUAUGCUUGUCAUGUAUAUUCAUUAGUUUAGAAAAGAAUAAAAUUCCUUUUAACUAUAUUCUUGACUCUGCCUGAAUAAAUACGAAGUGUGUUUAUGGUCCCUGAACAAGCAAAGAAUCCUAAACUUUUCUGGUUAAAUGUCCAAAGAUCAAUCAGGUUUAUAUUUCAUAUUUAUAUGGAAUCAUCACAUCUUAUUGACUGCAUUAUUAAAUAAUGCAGUCAUUACGCUAUGAAGUGUGAUGCCACACACGCAUUGACGUAAUCUACAUGGCUAUGAAAUUUCAUCGCUAUGAUAAUCUUUUUUUUUUUAAUUACCUGGGGUUUUACUCUGAAACCGUGUGUGAUUUCCUGUUCAACCCAAUGUUAACUCCAGAAAUUGAUGUGUCCCAGAAGCUGUUCACAGCAAAAAUAGAACCUGAUGCCAUCUUUAGCAGAGCGGCGAGCUGCUUCAGGGACGUUCAUCCUCACCAGCGUGUGAAGUGCUUUGAGAGUUGUAAAACCCUAAGAAGGUGCUUUACAAAUACAGGCCAUUAUCAUUCAUUUACCAAAUCAAGGUGCUCAUUAGACAGCGUGUGGGUUUUAAGGGGGCUUACAAUUGGCAUGACUGCAGACGUGUCCACCAUAGCUGUGGCCCUAGAAUUGAAUGUUUAUUUCUCUACUAUUCAUCAAUCAAGACAACACCUCACCAAAGUGUCAGACGCCAUAAAAUGUGAGCAUUUCCCCAUUUAGGUUGGAUACAACGACCGACUGUAUUCAGGCUGAGACCCUGAUGUGGACGCUGAGCAUGCAGACGAGCUUCUUCUUUGGUUAUUCAAACCAACUGUUGCAGCAUUUGUCCGAGUGUCGGAAGUCAGACCAUCAUGGGUGGGAAAAUGCUGGAUGUUGUAGUCCAGGACUAAAACUAAGAUGCUGUUUACUGAAAAUCUUGAGAAAUACCCUAAAACCAACAAAAACUAUAAAAGCAAUAGUUGUGAACACCCAGUGGCCCUGAUUUCCCAGCUGGCCCCUCCCAGUGCCUGGGCCCUCCCUGGUUUCUGCAGGAGGGAUGAUAAACCUCAGGAGGCACAGGUACACUUCACACAUACCGUAGCACCAAGAGGAAGCCGAGCUCCAAUAAUCCAAACCUGUGUGUGCUGCGACUCAGAAAACAAGAGGACUGGCUGCUCGUCUUCCUUCGUGAAAACAUUUUAGGUUAACUGAUCCACUCUCCUCAAAGGUUGUCCUGAGCGUUCGGCGUCCUCUUCACCACGAUGAGUUGGGGAGCUCUAUAUACCAAACUUGGUGGCGUUAAUAAGCACUCCACCAGCCUUGGGAAGAUCUGGCUCUCUGUGCUCUUCAUCUUCAGAAUAACCAUACUGGUUCUGGCUGCUGAGAGUGUGUGGGGAGACGAGCAGUCCGACUUCACCUGUAACACUCUGCAGCCGGGUUGUAAAAACGUCUGCUACGACCACUUCUUUCCCGUGUCACACAUCCGCUUCUGGUGCCUGCAGCUCAUCUUUGUCUCCACACCAGCGCUGCUUGUAGCCAUGCACGUGGCCUACAAGAAGAAUGGGCAAAAGAGGAACAUGCUGGCUGCAAACGGCACAGAAAAAGUAGACCUGGAGAUCCUGAAGAAGAAGCGUCUGCCCAUCACAGGUAGUCUAUGGUGGACCUACACCUGUAGCCUGUUCUUCAGGCUCAUCUUUGAGGGGGGCUUCAUGUAUGCUCUGUAUUUUGUCUACGACGGCUUUAAGAUGCCGAGACUUGUGCAGUGCGAGCAGUGGCCUUGCCCCAACAAGGUGGACUGCUUCAUCUCUCGCCCAACAGAGAAAACUGUUUUCACCAUCUUCAUGGUGGCCUCUUCGGCCAUCUGCAUAGUGCUGAACGUGGCCGAGCUGUUCUACCUCAUCGCCAAGGCGCUCAUAAGGUGCUCGAGUAGGUCAAGACAGCAGAAGCACCCUUACUCGGAGAGGGUGACACGGGACAACAAGAAGAACGAGAUGUUGCUGUCGUCCUCCACAGAUUCAUCCAGCAACAAGACCAUGUGCUGAGGAGCACAGAGACAAGGAGCUAACCGCUGACCUGGGUAGACAUUGCCUUUUCCAGUGGCUGAGUUCAGACCAGCGGUCGUCAGAGUCUACCAACACCUAAUGAGCUGCAUCCCAUCCAGAGCCGCUCACUAAAACACAAACCAGCAACAAACAAGCAUCUUCUAUUUCUACAUCAAUAGUAAACUUACAGAUUAGAAGACACUUUCUGCUGAUGAUGCAAUCUUUUUUGAUACACUGGUGAGCAGUAAAUUAAUCCCAUUAAGACCAGUUUGGAAGACGGAACAAAUUCAGUCAUAAAGUGUGAAAUUAAUAAGAGUUUGUAUCAGAACAGAAACUGAGAAAAGUCACUUUACUUUUAUUAGUAGCUGAUUUUGACUUGUGUUUUUUUCUUUGUUGAUGUUUGAGUCACCGGUGGACGUGAAUGAGUGAGUGAACACUGACCCCUAGUGGUGAAAGAAGGAUAAACGUCACUGGUGGACGUGAAUGAGUGAGUGAACACUGCCCCUAGUGGUGAAAGAAGGAUAAACGUCACUGGUGGACGUGAAUGAGUGAGUGAACACUGCCCCUAGUGGUGAAUACAGGGUAAAUGUCAUAAAUGAUGCUGUAAACGUUACAGAUUUUUUAAUGCUGUUUUUGUUUGUUUAACAUAAUGAAAACUAUUCCUACAGCUUUGAGCUGAAUAUGAAGUUCUUCAUUUUAAAAAAGGUUUCUGAUUUUUUGUUUUAAAAUGAAAGUUUGUUUUAAUAUUAAAACAUUUUUAUGUCAUGCUAACACAGACUGGAAAACAUGUUCUGGGUGAGUUUUAUCAGACUUGAUGUCUAAACGCUUGUAGUGGUGUACAGAUAUGAGUCCUCGUUAGCAUUUGCGUUGUUUUAUUUUACUUAACAGAAUAAAUUUUAGGUUAGAAAAACCUACAAAGUUGGCUCCUGUGGUCAGAUCAAAAUCGUUAGUCUCCUUGCCUUUAUGCCGGAUCAGACCUGCCCGGUGCUUUUUGGACGGACCUCACUAUCGUGUCUAAUUUUAGCUACAACACUCAUCAUAGCUCAGCCUUAAUGCUGCUGAUCCCAAAAUGAAACUGUCGGUCUUCUCUCCAUCCAAAGAUAGAUCAGUCAUAUGUGUUUGUUUAGAGAGACACCUCUACUGAACACAGAGAAGUCAUUUAGGAAUUGCAUGACAACUUUGCGUGUGUGUGUGUGUGUGUGUGUGGGAGGGGGCAGCCGUGUAAAUCAUGAGAUUUUGUUAUGUUGAUGUUGCAUAACUGCUGCAGCAGGGGUUAGGGACCACACUUUCGUACUUCAGAAACACAAACAAAGAGGUUUAGCACAUCCAGCUUUUGCUGACCUUUGACCUCUUGCUGUCAAACAGCUCUGACUUAGUCAAGGUUAUAAUUUUCUACCCAGAUUUUUACACUAACCUAAUAAAAGGAACACACUGAUUACUAAAAAAACAUUCUAGAAACAAAUAAAUGAAAUGGUUGUAAUUGUGAUUUUUAUUUGGGGGGGGGGGGGGGGUACACUUGCACUUUGAUGAUCCUUAAAUUUGUCCAUCUGGAGUGUUUUAUUCCAUAAAUCUGUUAGAACAAACUGUCCUCUGUUGUGUCCAAUAACUGUCCUGUACAGGACAGCGUGAAACAAAAUUGUUUCACCUCAAAUCUUUGCUCUGUUCUCUAGUUAGAAGCUGUCAGAGUUUAGGACUAAAGUUGGACAGAGAUGGUUAGGGAUUGAUUUUGCUUUUGUGUGUAAAGAGAUGACAUCCUCACUAAGAGGCUGAGCAGAGGGUUUGUUGGGAUGUUGAGACGCUGGAGGCUGAAAUAACUCUGGAUCUGUCAAAAGCGUCAAAAGCAGGGUUUUACCUCUGGUUUGACUCCAGUUGUUGUUGAAAUGUUCACUAAUGAAGUUUUCUAAAUCAGAUUUAUUCUGAUCUUAGCUUGAUUCUGAAAUUAUCUCAUUAAAUGAUUUGAUAAAUUCUCA